GCGUCAUCAUGAUCGCGAGCACGCGUUUGGCAGCUGCCUUGCUGCCGUGCCAUUGAGACUGUCGAGCAGCUCUCACACUUUCACAACACCUAAACUAUCAAGAUGUCGUCGUGCUUUGGCUUUCGCAAGCGCAGCGAUGACCAGCAGCCGCUGCUGCCCCAGUACCGCGAUGACACGGUCCUCCAGAGGGAGCUCCACCAGAAGCUGCACUCGUACCAGAUGGUCCGGGCUCUUGGAAAAGGGUUCAUGCCAUCCAACGAGCAACUGACCAUUAACCUUCGAACACUCCUUGCCGCAGACAUCCUCAACCCUGAUAACCCAGAGCUCAGCGACUCUGGCCGUCUGCUCGUCAAGUUCACCAAGCAAUGGCUCCAUCAGUUUAUCGAGCUGCUUCAGCACAAGAACAGCGAAGACCAGAUCCAAGACUUCUUGUGGUACCUGUCCAAGGCUCGUGUCGAGGUCGAUGUCGCAGAUAUUGCACGCAGUGCUACUCGAUCAAAGGCCAAGGCCGACACUGUCGCUGCCUACCAAAGCCUCCAAACCGUUGGCUCCCUGCUCCUGACAAACUCAGAUUUCCGCAUUUUCUUGUCUGACCUCAAUACUGUUGGGCGAGAGGUCUUCAAGGACACUGCAUUCACAAUCUCAGACGUUGCGAAGGAAGUUGGCAAAAAGGUUGAGCCUUCUGAGGCAGAGCAAGAGGCAUUAAAGAAGCCGGACGCUAAUGCUAACAAUGGUAAGGCGGUGUCUUCCGAGGAGCUGAGCAGCGAGGUCCAAGAGGUCGCCAAGGCUGUCGGAUCAGGCACAGUCGAGGUGGCUCAGACAGCUGGCAGUAGUAUUGCCGACCACCUUCAAGGCGCCGAGGGCGACACUCUCUUGUAUCGCCUGAAGAAGACCGUCACGAACCUGCGACAGAAGCGCGACUACUCAGAUUCGGUCUCCACGCUGUCAUUGCUACUCCAGAGGUAUGCGAAGACAUACUCUCGCAUGGCGGAGGAAGCUGUGGGCACUGUUCAGAAUGAUGUCGACACAAACCGUGAGAUGGAUAAGGCCGUGAAGAACUUCUGGCUGCUCAUGAGUUCGUUCGGUGACAAGAACGAAUGGAAGGAGCUCGAGACCCGCUUCCACAAGCUCCUGGAGCACUCGAAGAGGGAUCCAGCGUUCGAGGACCUGCUCAUGGAUAUCGGCAACUCGCUACAGAAGUUGCUGACCGACCCAGACUUCUUCGAUCACGUGGACGAGAAGUUCCAGGAGCUCCGCAAGAAGUCGAGUGGUGUUGGCAACGACUCAUCGCUACGUGAGGAUGUUGAUGCUUUCUUUGAGCAGGCUCAAAAGACAUUCGCAGCCGUAGCACGCGACGAAGACGUUUCCAAGCUCAUUCAGUCGACCCUCAGGAUCUGGAACAUCUUGUCGCCCCAGCACAGCUACACUAACACAGAGCUGGUUCAGGACGCGAUCAAUGUGUUCGUUCCUUUAAUCAUCUCAGCGAUCCAGUACAUUCCCAUUCCUCGCCUUGAGGUGUCCACCCCAGAAGUCGACCUUCUGCUCGAAAACCUUAUCAUCGAGCCAGGAAAGACCAUCAACCACACCUCAUUCUUGCCGUUCCGCUUCAAGGUCGAGACAUACAAUGAUUUCGAGCUGCGUAAGGCUCGCUUCCGUGUUGCUUCGAAGGCAACAUCGAAGUUCACCAUCAAGAUCGAUGGUCUCUCAUUCCGCGCUGACGAGAUCGGCUUCCUGCUGCGAGCUCACUCUGGUCUCCUUCGUCUGGCCGAUGAGGGUAUUGCCUCUUUCCAGAUGGACGAGCGUGGUCUUGACAUCCACCUUGAUGUCGAGAUUGGCAAGGAGAAGCAGGAGCAGAUCCUCACUCUGCGCGCUGUUCGUGUCAACAUCCACAAGCUGAGCUACACCUUGCGCAAAUCGAAGUUCAGCUUCUUUGGCUGGAUAUUGAGGCCUCUACUGCGCCCAUUAAUCCGCAAGGUCAUGGAGAUGCAGCUGGCGAAGGGUAUCGCAGACGCCAUCCACUCUGCUAACCGCGAGCUUCUGUUUGCGCGUGAGAGGCUGAGGGCUACACGCAUCUCUGACCCUAACGACUUGAGGACAUUCUUUAAGGCCGUUCUCACCCGCUUGACACCAGAAGACGACCCUGAUCUUUACACUCGUGUUGGUGUCGCAGCGCCUGGCAAGGGCGUAUUCGCUGGUAAGUACGCACCCGGCAGUGUCGUCAAGCUUUGGGAAGAGGAAGGCCGCCGUGCAGCCGAGAGGAUUGACGAUUGGGAUGAGGGCGCCUGGAGGAACGACGUCUUUGACAUCCACACUCGGAUGCUUUCUUGAGGGUUGAUGUCCGCUCUGGCCUUUCUUUCGGACAACAUCAGGAUCUGGAUUGGAGUUUCGCGGUACGAAAAUACGGGCCUGCUUUUAUCGCGCCAUGCACAAUCACGACAGCAGAAAUUGUAUAUCUAGCAAGCUUUGCACGUACAUAAUGUUUAUGAAUUAUAAUGGGAUUUCGACAUGCUCGC